UGGCGAGUGUCAUCGCUUUGAAGGCCUACGACAAUGGAGCGGAACGGCGCCAGAGAGAUGGAGGAACGCAGGUGCAUUCGUGACACCGGCAAGACCCUGAAGAAGUACGGAAGUACAGCUAAGCACAUGACGCGGACCGAGAGUUUGGUGAAGCAUAUAGUGUCUGCCACGGACACUUUGCAGGGAAUUGCUCUCAAGUAUGGUGUUACGACAGAACAAAUAAGGAGGGUCAAUAGAUUAUGGGCAUCCGAUAGUUUAUUUUUACGAGAACACUUGCUUAUUCCUGUAAGCGCUGACAGUCCUGCCUCUGUAUGUAACGAUGAGUCAAUGGUAGCUUCUGAGGAACACGAGGUACCUCCAAAUAUAUCUAGUCCUUCUUCGAUAUCAUCGUCCAUCGACGAUGAGAGUUCGGUUAACGAUUUCUUAGCUAAGAUGGAUACUUCGAUAGCCAAUGUCAAGAGAGAAGUCAAACGUGCUCAAGGGAACAGUGAAUUUUGUGCCGAUGGCAACGACGUUUACGUACAACGGCGUCGUGCAUCUACUAAAUUACGAAACUCGCAUCCCGCCACAUCGAACAGCCCUUCCGUUGAUCCCGUCAGGCCCGCGUCUUCUAGUGAUAUGCAUAACUUUCCGACUGCUGUAGUUAUGACGCAAGGAAGAAGAGUGAAGACUUCCUUACAAAGACUUGAACAGCAGCAAGAUGAGAUGUUCCAGUUGUAGCAGCUAAGCUUUAUUGGACUGUAAUAGAUAUCCUGAGUGUCUUGACUGUUAAAAGCUUGUAGGAAAGGAUGUACUGUAUAUCAAUGCGAAUAGGAGGUUGUUUCUCACGUCCGACAUGUUGGUUGAUCCAGUAUGUAAUUUAAUUGUAUAGAAUCGCCUUUUCCCCGACUUUCGCUAUUGAACGAUUGAUCUUGUGCCGCCCCUCCCCCCCCCCCUCUCUUUGUGGUUACUUCGAAUGUUACAUUUGAAAUAACACUUACGUCAUCGUGUCUCGACUUUAUUCGUCGUAUGAUAUCAUAAAGAGUGGAUCAACUAACUUUUAUACUGUUCGAAUGUAGCGCUAAAACUGUUUUACAUAAUAUUGCUUAGCAAACCAUAUGUGCCUUGGAUACAAGUUUAUGUUAUGUUAUGGGUUUCCUUGAUGCUCCAGUUUUGUUUGAUUAAUCCAUGUAAAAAUUGACAUACAUUUCCGAGGGCUUUUUUUUCUUUUUUCUCUCUUGAUUUUUCUAACCAUUGUGAUGAAUCAACUGGGAAUUCGAUAGAAAUCGGAAACAUUGGCAAUAUUAGAAAAAAUAGCUACUGAUGGAUAAUUCAUAACUGCGAAUAUAAGUAAAAUGUAGCUAUUCCUGUUUUUAAAUGCGAUUUCUUAAAUGAAUUAUUAUACUUAUAACUGUUAUAAUAAUAGAUAUUUAAUUUUCUUAAUUAAAUGAAUUGCCUUGAAUUGUCGCUAAAAGUAUUUACUAUUUUUUUUGUAAUGGUGAAAGAAGAUUUAUGUUAUUUACACAACAUUUUUGUAAUAUUACGCGUAUAUACAUAUAUUAUUAUUUACAAAAUUUUCAGAAUAGAUUAUUACAAAUAAAAAAUUUAUGUAAAGGGGCAGAACAGCCGAUAUUAGUCCCUUUAACAUUAAUCUUUAAUUAAGCAUUCUUCUAGACAUAUACCCAUUAUGUGCGCAUUUACUUGUUACAGCUAGUUGUUAUUUUAUUAUAAGUUAGAGGAUAAAACGAUAAGUUUUUAAUUAAAUAUUUGCAUAAAAAUAUAAAAAAUGUAAAAGCUUUCGAUAUUGUGAAUAUCAACAACUUUUCUCUUAUAUAUAAAUUUAUUAUAAAUUAUAUAAUUUACAAAAUAGAAAAAUUAGUAGUAAAUUUUUGUAAUAUACACUUCCAUCUACACUUGAUAUACAUUGUACAUCAUAAAAAAUGUAUUGUCUAGAAUUUUGUACAUAAUCUAUCCUGAUAUCUUGUACUUUACACUGUACAUAUAGUUCAUAGAAUGUAAUACUAGUUGACAAUGUUAUUUGUAAUUAAUAUAUACCAGCACCAUGUAAAAACUAUACAUAGAGAUGUUGUAAGCUAAUAUAUAGUUUUUGUGAUGGAUUAUCAUCAUCAUUAUAUAUAAAUAAUCACAAUGUACCUAAGUUGAAAAAGAUGUAAUUAAAUAUUAUAUAUAAAUUAUGUAAAUAGAGAAGUCAAAUGAGAAGAAUAAAUUACGGUAACAGA